AUGCCACACAACGCCGGAGCAUCAAAAAAAACAGGCAAAGAUCCAAAUGCACCAAAACGAACAUUGUCUGCAUUCUUUAUUUUUGCACAAGAUGAACGACCAGACAUCAAGAAGGAAAGUCCAUCAUUUGAUGAUUCCACAAAACGUUAUGCACAAAAGGCUGCUGUUGAAAAGCAAAAAUAUGAAGUAUGCCAUGUUGAAUACAAGAAAGGUGGUGAUGAUGUUAGCUCUGCUAAAGGAGGUAAAGCUGCAGCAAAAGCACCAGCAAGUAAAAAAUCUGCAAGUAAAUCAAAAUCAUCGGAUGAAGAUAAUGAUGAUGACGACGACAAUGAAAAUGAAGAUGAAGAUGAAGAUGAAGAAUAA